AUAACGAAAUAAUAUUGUGAAAGAUGGUUCAGUCGUCGUAGAUAUGUUGCAAGAGAUUGAUGCGAUAAGCGCUCCAGUUUAAACAAAAAUUUUGAAUGAAAAUAAACGUGUGUUCCGGUUGUACCAAUAAAUAAAUUUUGUAGACAAAUUCGACAAAUUGUGUGUGUUAUACAGCUUGGUUGUUUUGAUACACCGGUGGUGGCUGAUUUAUAUUCUUAUAACGUACGAGGCAGGGGUUGAUUUUUUGGACAAGAUAUCCAAUUCUCUGCAAUUAGUCGCUUUCAAUAAACAAUAAUUUUUUAUGCGAAAUAUGUAAUAAUUGUUUGAGUGGUGCUCGCCCCCUAACAUACCAUUUCUUGCGUAAUAAUAAUGAUAAUGAAUUAUUAAUGGAGUGAUUUCGGUUAAUUUAAUUUAUUUCGCUCGUUGUGGCAUUUUUGACCUUUUUGUUCGUUUUCGUCGUUACAAAUUUUUUUUUUGUUGAAUGCGAAAAAAUUGGUGCUACACAGAACAUUUUUCCGCAAAAUAACUAGCAUUGUAUGCUCAUAAUAUAUAUACCUUGAAUAGAAGAAGUUGAGUAAUUUAUAAUCAUCAUUUUGUGCGAGUUGUGUGAUAUUUUUUUUGCACCUUUUUUGUGUGAUUGUGCUCUGUUUUCAUUAGUCUAAUUAAUUAUCCUGGCUGUGAGGCAGAGUGUGUUUGGUAUUGUUCUGUCGUUGUAAAAAGGCAUUACAAUAUAACUUGUACCCCAGAAACGGAAGAGGAGGGUUUUUUGCUGUUUAAAAUAUUCAUGUUGGAUGUUACUGCCUAUGUUGAACGGUGUAUGUGAGUCGAAAGAUUUAUGAAACACUAGAGAUUUAUUGUAUACGCAAAGUGCCAGUGCGAAAAUUGAAAAUUGUAAGGAUUAAAGCAGUGUGAGAUUAUCCGAAAGAAUUCUUUAGUUUUGCUGUUGGUAAUUUUUUUUCUGCCAUUGGCAGAAAAAGGGAUAAUUUGCAGCAUUUUUCCAUUUGGGUCAGCCAGUCGCCUACGAGUUUAUGAAGAGUGUUUGGAUAAACGAUUUUUGAGAUAAUUCCGGAGAGAAACCAGAAAUCUGCCAUAAUGACGCCGCCAUCAACACGAAAUAUUGGUCUGGUGCUCAUGAUAUUAUGUAUGGUUUGUGCCAUGGAAACUCUUGCCCGAAUAACAACAAAUAAACGACGCGAAAAAUCAAAUAUAAAUCUAUGCUCAAAGGAUAUCGAUAUGAAAUUGGCCUGUCAUUGUUCGCAUGAAGAUAACAGACGAACGGUCAUGGAAGUUGAUUGUUUGGUGCUGCACGAGGAAUUCCCACAAUCAGAUCCAGCUUGGCAAUCGUUUCGGCAACAUCCAAAUCUAAAGCAUUUUAUAUUAACUGUGCAUCGCAACGGAUAUAUGAGCUAUUUGCCAUCCGACAUUUUAAAAUAUCAAAAGGAAUUGCGAACUAUAACAAUAACGUAUGCGGAUAUAAGAGAAAUUCCCACCUAUGCAUUUGGAAAUUUAACGAAAUUGGAAAAUAUAACGUUGAUCAGAAGUCAAAUCGAAGUGCUUGAUAUGCACUCGUUUGCAAAUCAUGAAUCGUUGCGAGGUUUAAAUCUGGAAGAGAAUCAAAUUGUUGAUAUUGAUCGAUAUGCAUUUACCAAUUUGCCCGAAUUGCAAGAGCUGCUACUGACAAAGAAUAACCUAACAACGUUGCACGAUGAAAUGUUUGCCGAUUUGGGGAAUUUGGCAAAAUUGAAGCUCAAUGAAAAUUUAAUAUCGAUUUUGACAAAGGAAAUGUUUAAGGGAUUAGGAAAUCUGAGACAGUUGGAUUUGUCGAUAAACAAUGUAAAGUAUAUUGGCGAUGCUGUGUUUGCUGAAUUAUGGAGCCUACAAGAACUUGAUUUGGAAUCGAAUUCAAUUGAGAGACUAUCCGAACGUGCUUUCGAUGGACUAAACAAUCUCCGAACACUAAAUCUGAAAAAUAAUAAACUGGAGACGUUGGAAAGUGGUGUAUUUACCGGUGCACCUGCAGUCACUUCAUUGUAUUUGGACAACAAUUUGCUUGAUACCUUGACCUACAGCAAUGUAUUGCCGCUUAUGGAUAACUUAGUCAACCACACCAGCAUUCUAUCAUUGUCCGGAAAUACCUUUGUUUGUGACUGCCGCUUGAACUGGAUGUACGAUCUACGCAACCGCACCAAAAACAUCGAUUUACGCCGUUCCCUCGACAAAAUGGUCUGUUCAUUGGACAAAUCGCAAUACGACCCAAGCAAGCAUACUCGCUCCAAUAACAAAUACAACUUCAAUCACCGCAACUACAAUGACGAUUCGGACAACUAUGAAAAUGAACUGGGCCCCUUCGACGAUCUACAGAAAUCAAUUGAUGGAAAUGCUAUGAUUGAAUUGCGUAACAUUAACGUUGAACAUUUGCCGUGCACUGAAGACCUGAGUGAUCCGACUGAAUUGCCGUUGUCACGAGAAUCGAUUGGCAUGGAUUUGAGCUGGUUGUCUGGCGCAGGAACUUGUGAUUUUGGAUUAUGGGUUAGUAUUGUCGGACUUACGGUUUGCUUAUUGGUCGCGUAAAUAUAUAAACGCGGUUUAACAUAGCACUGAACCAACCACUAGGACCGAAUUUUCAAGAUGAGUCUACUCGACGCAACUCUCAAAAUUUGUCAUUAGGUUUGUAAGGAUUGUAUUGCGUCGCAAUUUUAUAAAUGACAAGUAGCCGGUUUUCUGUUUAAAAAAAAUCUGUUCUAGUGCUUGGUGCAGCAAUGAAAGUAAAUAGAUAGGUAUGG